AUGCCCGCUCCACUACCCCACCCGAAGCAUACACAGUCGUUUGCUUCGGAGUCGCAUUCUGAUGGACCACCACGAGUCCAAGUCUCCCAUGAAGAUGAAGAUGCUAUUGCCGAUAUCCAUCGGACUUUGACCGAGAAGACUGCCGAGGAUAAGUAUCCGGAGCCGCAUUCGUCGUUCGACAAAUUCCUUGAAGAACAGGCCCAGGGCAGGAAAAGAUCUAAUCUGGGUGUUUGUUUCCAGUCGCUCUCAACAUGGGGCGAAGGCGGCAGCCAUGUCGAUGUCAAAACACUUGGCACUGCGCUGUGGCGCACUUUGACCAUGCAGGAUAUCUAUGAAUGGACUAUCCAGCCUUGGAUCUCCAAAAAGAAGCCCGAAGAUGGCCGCCAGCUCAUCCGGGACUUUUCCGGUGUAGUACAAAGCGGCGAAAUUAUGCUUGUCCUCGGACGCCCCGGCGCGGGCUGUUCCACCUUCCUCCGCACAGUCGCAGGCCAUCACAACUCAUUCCUGGGCGUGACUGGCAACAUCGACUAUUCAGGCCUGAGCCAGGAAGAAGUCCAGACACACUACCGCGGCGCGGUGGCAUACGUCCCGGAGGACGACGUGCACUUCCCAACCCUGAACGUCCGCCAAACGCUCGAGUUUGCUCUUCAGAGCAAGACGCCCAAGCGGUACCGCGAAAGAAUUCCUCGGUACCUCGAAAUCUAUGGUCGUGUGUUUGGUAUGUCGCAUACCAUGAACACCCUGGUCGGAAACGAGUACAUUCGCGGUGUAUCUGGCGGAGAACGCAAGCGUAUCUCUAUCAUCGAAUCACUCGCCACUGAUUCAUCAGUCACCUGUUGGGAUAACUCAACAAGAGGACUGGACGCCUCCUCCGCCCUGGACUAUGCGCGCAGUCUACGGAUCAUGACCGACACAUGCGGCAAAGCGACACUUCUAACCUUGUACCAAGCUUCGGAUGCAAUUUACGAUCUGGUUGAUAAGGUCUUGCUCAUCGAUGAAGGACGCAUGUUAUAUCAAGGCCCCGCAAACGAAGCCAAGGCCUAUUUUGAGGACCUCGGGUACGAAUGUGCGGAUAUGCAAACCACCUCCGACUUCCUGACCAGUAUCACACUUCCCGAUCGUCGUCGAUUCCGUGCGGGCAUGGAGGCUCGCGCACCCAAGGGCCCUAUUGAGCUCGAAGAGACCUUCCGGAAGAGCGCCGCGUUUGCCAAGAUCGAAGCUGCCGUUGAUACCUACGAAGAUCAAAAGGUCGGCAGAUCUUCGGGUGUGUACCCGACUGACUCGGAAUGUGGCAGCGUGGAAGAAUUCAAAAAGAACAUUCAAAGUGAUAAGUCUCGUUUCGUCUCCCCGAAGUCGCCUUACACGAUUUCGCUGUUCAGACAGGUCGUGCUCUGUGCUAAGCGCCAGAUGUGGCAGCUUAAGGGCCACAUGAGCCCACUUUACAUCAAGUUGAUCUCAUCCGUGAUUUACGGGUUACUGAUUGGCUCGAUGUUCUACAACCAGCCUCAAACCACCGAGGGAAUGUAUUCACGAGGUGGUGUGCUCUUCUACUCCUCUAUCCUACUCGCCUGGUUGCAGAUGUCCGAGUUGGAAGAAGCGAUGCAGGGCCGCGAUAUCCUGAGUCGGCAGAAGAAAUUUGCCUUCGUUCGGCCCAGUGCCGUUUGUAUGGCCAGGUUUCUAUCUGAUUUGGUCACUACCGCAUUGUUGACCUUCUUAUACUUGAUCGUUAUGUAUUUCCUCUCCGGUUUACGGGCUGAUGCCGGCCCCUUCUUCAUCGAUUUCCUCUUCAUUUACACUUGUACUGUCUGCCUGACUGCACAGUUCCGUGUUUUUGCCGCCUUAUCCAACAACUUUGAAGUUGCCUUGCGCUACUGUGGAGUCUCUGUUCUCUUCUGUAUUGUUUUCGGUGGCUACGUCCUGUCUGUUGACAAGAUGAUUCAAGAUGUGCCUUGGGUUGGAUGGCUGGCGUAUGUAACUCCAGCUUUAUACACCUACGAGGCCGUCAUGGCCGCCGAGUUCCACAACGUCAACUUCGCAUGCGCGACUGGAUCCAUCGUCCCCGCCGGCACGGAGUACACCGACCUUGCCUACCAGACUUGCGCCUACGCUGGGAGUAAGAUUGGCAGUACGGUAGUCAAUGGCGAUGAUUACUUGGCUGUCAAGUAUGGAUUUUACUACAGCCAUGUGUGGCGGAACUUUGGUAUCCUAUGCCUUUUCACCGUGGCUUUCAUUGUCAUGACUUGCUGGUUGAGCGAGGUCAUGGAGUGGGAGCUGGACAGUGCGGGUCCGAUUCAGUACAAAGGGUCUUCGAACUUGUUCAGCCGAAAGAAGAAUGCACCGGCUGAUGAAGAGAAAGCGCCUGUUUCGGUGGAUGCUAGUGCACCCCCUGCCGCUCAAGGCGGCAAAGGAAACCAAGUUUUGGCAGCUACGGAAUCCACAUUUUCGUGGUCUGACUUGGAAUUGAACGUCCAAAUCGGCAAAGAAACCCGCAAGCUUCUCGAUGGUGUGUGUGGAUACUGCAAACCAGGAUCCUUGACUGCUUUGGUUGGCGCAUCGGGAGCUGGCAAGUCUACAUUGUUGACUGCACUCACACAAAGAGAAAGCCCCGGAGUUCUCUCGGGGUCACUCUUCGUGGAUAGCCGAUCCAUCGAUCAGUCAUACAACCGCCAGAUUGGAUACUGCCAGCAGAUGGAUAUCCACGACGAGAGUAGCACGAUCCGUGAAGCCCUUGAGUUCUCUGCUCUUCUUCGCCAGAGCAACGAAGUCCCUAGAGAGGAGAAGCUGGCAUACGUCGACACUGUUAUCCAAACUCUUGAUCUGGUGGAGCUUCAGGAUGCACUCAUUGGCUCCUUGGACAUCGAAAAGAAAAAGCGCGUCACUAUUGGUGUCGAGCUCUGUGCUCGUCCCAAAUUACUGAUGUUCCUGGAUGAACCAACCAGUGGCCUGGACAGCCAAGGAGCUAGCAACAUCGUUGCCCUCCUCAGACGACUUGCCAACCAGGGAUUAGCGGUGCUGUGCACCAUUCACCAGGCUAACCAAGAACAGUUCGAAGAGUUUGAUCGCGUGCUCGCUCUCAGUCCCGGUGGACUCACCUACUACUUCGGCCCUGUCGGCGAAUCCGGUAGCGCGAUCUUUGAUUACUUCUCUCGUCACGGCAAUAUUCCCGAGAAAGUGACCAACGCGGCAGACUUCUUGAUCGAAGUUGUAGUCGGCGGCAUGAAGGAGAAAGAAGCAGAUCAAACUAAUUGGCCUUCUAUUUGGCGUAACUCAAAGGAGUACGCCGACGUCAAGAAAGAGAUCGCCUCCAUCCGCGCUGACCAAAGAAACCCACCAUCUCUCCCUCCUGCUCAACCGCCUCUCACCACCCAGACGUUCCUCCUGACCCAGCGCACCUGUCGCCAGUUCUGGCGCACGGCCGAGUACCCAUACUCGCGACUCUACUCAUCUUUCCUCCACGCGCUUAUCAACGGCCUUACCUACCUGCAGAUUGGAAACAGCACCACAGACAUGCAGUCGAAGGCUUUCUCCUGUUUCCUUGUUCUUAUGCUGGUCCCUGAGUUUAUCAACGCCAUCUCUAUGCGCUUCAUUCUCAACCGUGACAUCUGGCUGGCGCGAGAAGGGCCAAGUGGUGUGUAUGGCUGGAUCUCUUUCUGCACUGCACAGAUUGUCUCGGAGAUUCCAUACACGGUGGUCGGAAGUGUGAUCUUCUUCGUUCUAUACUACUUCCUUGUUGGCCUCCCCCUGGGAUUCGCCGCUGGAUACAGUUUCUUGAUGUUCUUCCUCUUCUUCCUUUUCGCCACAUCCUGGGGACAGUGGAUUGCUGCCAUGAGUGCCGAUUCCAUGAUCGCUGCCACCCUGAUGCCAUUCUUCAUCAUCAUGUGUGAGCUUUUCAAUGGUAUCCUCCAGCCUCACAGCCAGAUGCCCGCUUUCUGGAAAUACACCAUGUACUACAUCACCCCAUUCACAUACUGGAUUGGCGGUGUUCUUACAUCCAUUCUCCGUGGCACGGAAGUCGUCUGCACCCAGAGUGAAUUGACUAUCUUCGGGAGCCCGCCCAAUGUCACCUGUGGCGAAUAUGCGGGCGCCUGGUUGGAGUCGAAGGGUGUAGGAUACCUGUCCAACCCAGAGGGUACGGGAGAGUGUGGCUACUGUGAAUAUAGUGUUGGUGACGAUUAUCUUUCCGGCAUCGGUCUCGACUCUUCUAAGAUUUGGCCCUACUUCGGUAUCUUCUUGGCGUUCACUGUGACCAACUAUCUCAUGGUUUACCUGCUAGUCUAUUUGCGGUCUGUCAUGAAGAUGAAGAAGUAG